AGGCGAGUCACAUCUAGAAAAUUUGCUCUUUGCCACGCGGCGGAGUGAGCAGCAAAAAGAGGAGGAACGUAGCGGCAGAAGUCUGAAACGACGUACGUCUUUGACAGCGUAAUUCAAGGUGCGGAGAAGUUUGAAAGCGAGAAGCCAGGAAUAAGUUUCUCUUACCGUACCUAGUACCUGCAGACAGCUGAGCUAGUGGCGACGAGUGCCGGCAGAAAUUCGCUACCGCACACGGCAGUGUUGGUCCCAUUCAUUUCUUGUGUGAGAGAAUACAGACGACUGAAUGAAUCCGCGCUGACAGCCUUCUUCCAACAACCAUGUCAGCCGCGUGACGUACAUAGGUUAACGCCAGUAUGUGAUGUUAUGAGGUCCACAGAUAGCAAUAAUAAUGACGUCCCGUCAAACUAAUAGUAAUACUUCGCAGAGAGUCCACGACUUUUGUGUACUACUUCUAGUCCUACAAGUACUUUGGUGAGCCGCCGUUGUAGAAUCAGCAACACAGCAACGUAACGCCGUUCUUUGACAGAGCAACGCAGUGCUGCACACACAUUGUCAUUGUGCGUGAGUUCCAGCUGUGUUUCAAUACUCUACUACUACUACCGCUGCUAGUACCAGCAGAACUACAGACAUCUACCAGACAUACGACCAACUCCUGACCUGGAUCCAGUUCCCUUUUCCCCUGUCACUUCGGUAUCGUCCCGGGAUCCCGCUGUCACGGUAUACCAUUACUAAGUACUAAGUAUUUCAACCACAGGAACGCUAUUGAUCCUAGUCCGCGAGACCCGUGCACGUGACACAUUCUUCGCCUAGGCCUAGCGCAGCUCGAGGAUGCAACGAAGUACCCAGUAGAUCUACAUCCAGUGCAAUGCCAGGAAAAAUUCACCGCACCGAUUUCAGCGGCCACUCUUCAACCUAGAAUACGUCUACCACAACGUAACGUCGUUACUUGCACAAGCUUGUUGUUAGUCAAACUCAAAGUCGACUGUUGUUGGUGCGUCCCCGUCGUAGCCAGUGCAUUCGAUCAACCGGCCGCCGUGUACACGCACUACUACCAGAGCCUCGGCAGUCGUGUUCGGCAAACAUUGGACAGGUCCUCGUACCAGCCCGACUGGAAAGCGACAGCGUGUUCGAUAGCUCAAGCAAACAUCUGCGCAGCACGCCAGUAGCGAGCUCGUGCUGUGGAUUGAAAACGUCCCGCUCCUCCAUCGGCAAUUAUUUUACCUUCUGUAGUUCUGAGCUGAGUCUGUCUGCGCAAGACCUCGUGAUCGGCAAUUGACGGCGCUUCCACAGAUACAGCGGACUAGGAGCAGGAAAGCACUUGGCGGCGAUUUAUCCAAGUAGCUAGCCCGCAGGAGAACGAUACUAGCGCAGUCGAUCCCAAAUCGACGGCAACCACCUCUGCUUUUGAUUCCUUGCGUGUCGAUUUCGAGAAGUUUGGAGGCAGUCUGGUGCUUGGAUUUGUGUCUGUCGCUGACCGAAUCGCGCCUGGAUUGAAUACUCUACCCCCGGGCCUGUGAUCGAUACGUGACGCGAAGUGAAAUUUCCUUUAGUUUCCAACUAAUACUUUGACUUACACAAUGGAUGAGGCAGCACCAGCAGAACCCGCUGUCGUUGAAGGAGAUGAAGAGGCUGCAGCACCAGCAGCACUCGCGGCACUCGCGGCAGCAGCAAUGCCAGCAGCAGCACCAGCAGCACCAGCAGCAGCAGCCCCGGUGUAUGGCGGAGCUGAACAGAGUAGCGGACAAGUAACGUCUACGUCCGACUACACGAGCACGUUGCCUUGGCCUGCGCAGGAGAUGGGCGGCUUCGAUCCCGAUGCGUUCGUUCAAACGCCAGUGGACGAGCAGUUUAUUUGCCCUGUGUGUAGGAUGGUCGUUCGCAACCCCAUGUUAGUGGUGUCGUGCGGACACCACUUCUGCCACCCCUGCAUCACGUUGGCACUAAAGAGCAAUGAAAUAUGCCCACUGGACAGAGGGCCGUUAUCUUGGCAGGUUCCAGGAGCCUUGGUGCCGAAUCGCGAUAUGAAGCGACGUGUCGGCCAAUUGGAAGUGUUCUGUGAGAUGAAGGAACACGGGUGCACAUGGACAGGCACCUUGUGUUCGUAUGAUUCACACAUUAGCUCCAGACAAUGUAAGGUGAAGUGUCCCACAACACCAUCAUGUGGUGAAGUAAUUCCUCGGGAAGAGUUGGAAGCGCACGACAAAGUGUGUCCCAAUGUGACCGUCAAAUGCCCAUUUCAGUACGUCGGAACUGGUUGCGUCCACGAGUGCAUACGGGCAGAUCUUGAUCAGCAUUGCCAGCAGCAGAGCAUGCAGCACAACCUCAUGAUGGUACAGAGCAUUGACAUGCUGACCAAUCGCCUAUGGCAGGUUGCUGGCAGUCCUGUCGAAGAGCGUCGCACCGUUCACAUCCACAUCUUUGACAAAAUCUCCCGUCGUCUUCGCUAUGGCCGUCCGUUUUACAGCGACGCCUUCUACAUCGGUCCAUGCGACAGUGGGUAUCGGCUUCGCAUGAAGAUCGACCCAAGCGAUAGCCAACUUGGACUCUCCUUUUACUAUGCACUAGUAAAGGGCAAGAACGACGAGCGGCUUGAAUGGCCCUUUCGUCGGACAGUUAUCGUCCAGUGCAUGCACGUCACCGAGGACCGAGUGAUCGUGGAGCAGACCGUGAGGCCGCCGAGCGAGGUGGAGAAGAGUCGCAAGUACACCAGCCGGCCGACCGAGAACAACAACCGCCGCGGCUGGGGGCGCAAGGGCAUCCUGUCUCGCGAUAAGCAAGCAGAGGCGGGCGUGCUGGCGUCGGACUGCAUGCGCGUGCGCUACAUCGUGCCGUGGGAGCCGUACCAUGGCCCUGGCGCUGCCUCGACGGCACAGUAGCCUGUGUAUGGCAACUUUGUAUGGCCACGUCCGGCGAGGGAUGCUGCCGCUGUGGACUAUGUGACGGGAGAAGACAAAUGUAAGACAAGGUCAUAAUAUGGAGAGUCUUGCGCCUGCUAAUCCAGUCAAGGGCACUGUUGACUGGAAUGCGUGCAAUGCAAGCAGCAUGGCUGUUGCCAGUUGCAUAUAGGUGUCAAAUGUAUCCAAGAUUACCGGGUCGAAAGAUCUGUUACGGCCACUUGUCAUGUUGUGCAGAUGAAGUUGCUGGUGAGAGUACAAUGGCAUACUACCAUGCCUUCCAUACUAUGACAGUCCAGACAUUCACUGUGAGUGCCUAGUCUUAUCUUCAUAGCACCGCAGUCCUAUCAUCACUCAGCAUUGCUGUGAAGUCGGCUCUAUUCCAGCGUGGUGUACAGUGCUGCCUACUGCUGUGGUUAUGUUGCAUCAGCUUCGCGCUCCCACCAUCAGUUCUGCUGCCUCGAAUUCCGGAAUACCGCAUGAUCAUCCAGUCGUGCGUCGAGACUCGCGUUGCUGGUUUUCUCACGGUUGGCGACCGUCUUCCGGGCACGUUGUGUUGUUUCCUGCGUAAAACUGUCUUGGAAUUGAUGGCGUCCGUCUAGAAUAGGCAGCUUGGCAUUGCUACUGUCCAUGGAAAUGCAGUUCGAAACUAGCGUUGUCAGUUGGAUUUGCUGUUUCCUGUCUCUAAUUGAAUGGCUUUUGCACUGAAGGAGGGGACUUGACCUGGAUCACCCCUGGCUAAGUGGGCAGGUGCACCCAAGUCCUCUCUCCGCAGUGUAACACGUGAACAAGGCAGUGUGAUAACACUGGCUCUUGAUUCCAGUUGGCGUACUGUUCAGUUGUGCUCAUCUGGUGAUUUCGUCUAUCUCCUUGUGUCUGUGUUGGGAAUCGGCGUUGGCUGUUCAGAUCCAAGAGCUCGCAGUUUACCCUAGUCUUUCCUUCGGUGCUCAGUUGUCUGGUGAUGCACACACUAUGUGCCACUAGGGUGACUUCUUUGGUGGAUACAAAUUACUACUGUCUUUUCUCUGGCGCAUGAAAAUUGCCACUCUCUUGUCUCUGGCGCAUGAAAAUUACUACUCUCUUGUUUCUAGCGCAUACAAAUAACUACUUACUAUUCUCUGGAGCUUACUUACUAUCAUCUGGUUGGUUGAUUUGGCGAACAUUCAGUUCAGGUUGAGCUUGAGUGCAGUAUUGUAUAUGUUGUCGUACACUUGAUUUGAGUGUUGUGCAUGACGUUUUCUAUCCUUGUUCUGCCGGACUUCUCACCACCCCUUUGUUUUUCAUCGUCGACGUCGCGUUUGGUAUGUAUGUCUGCUGGUGGCGCAGUCGGUAUAUCGGCUAAACACUUGAUUCUUCUAUGGAAACUGACCCAAUUGCACUAACUCUGCUGCCACACCAGAUCUGUAUCUCUCACUCAACUCUCACUGGGUAGAUCUUUCCCCGGCUUUGAUCCCGUCUCAACCAGAAAACCGUACCUGCCAUUGAUUUUCUCUGCAACAGUUGACUCCUACUUUCGAUCAGCAGCGUCUUCAUGUAUUCUUGUCUUGUGUUGCGUACGGUUAGUGGUCGUUGUUUUGUCCUACUUACAGCCAUGUCGUUUCUUUAACAAUACAUGACCUCUGGAAGUGUAUCUUAUCAUGUCCUGUGUUCUUCUUGACACAGACCUCGUGCAUGCCAGGAACUGUGUGUUCUUGACAUAGCAUGUGCAUAAUGCCGGCCCGGCCCCCAAGACUUAUUUUUGUCUUUUGUUUUGUUCUUUCGACUCGAUGUAAUAGACUUAUUUUUGUCUUUUGUUUUGUUCUUUCGACUCGAUGUUAUAGACUUAUUUUUGUCUUUUGUCUUUUUCGAUGUAAUUGCCUAUACUUCACUUGACUAGUCUUGCUUGAAACUGAUUAUUUCCGGUCCUGCAUGCUACCACGACAAACAA